AUGGCAAAAAACAACAAAUAUGCUUCCAUCAACUUCAACCACAUCUACGACAAAUCCAUAACAACCACCACCAAAACCACAAACACCUCAAAAAGCCCCUCCAUUUCUUCAUCUUCAUCCUCCUUCUCCUCCGCUUCCUAUUCUGCCGUUUCCGCUCCCAACAAACAUGGCCGCAUCCUCGUUCUAACCCGACCCACACCCAAACCCAUCGCACACCAUCCCACCCCUUCUCCCGCACCGCCGUCCAAACCAAACCCGAUCUUACAGGCUCCUCCAGAUCGACCCCGGUCCGAACCGGUUCCAGAUUCGAUCUCGCUUCGUCCUCUGGGUCGAACCGGAGCCGGGUCGCCUCUUUUACCAACCCCAAAUCUGAAUCACGAGAAAGAGAAAAAUUUGGGUUCUCUGAAGCCGAAUAAGUUUAUCCCGCCGCAUCUUCGACCGGGGUUUGUGCCUAGAGAGGAGCCUCCUAAACCGGAAUUGGGUCGGUUUAGGGAAAACUUGCGACCCAAGUCUGGUGGAAACGAGAGGAUGAGAAGAGUCGGUGUUUCAGAUUCGAGUUUCCAUAAUCGCCCCAGUUCUAGUGGAUGA